AUGAAAAGUCAUUCUGCAGAGGGCUCAGGGAACGACGUGGCCCUCUUGAGUCAACACGGCGCCAUGCUGACCAGAAAGACGUUGGUCAACCGCGUAACAGGGCGGCAGCCUAGCUACGCUACCUCAGCCGAGAUGGAGGAUUGGAAGAAGCACGCGACGGCCGUGGUGACUGGGGCAAACAAAGGCAUCGGCUUUGCAAUAGCAAAAAAGCUAGGGAAGGAGGGCGUGACCACAAUUCUGACAGCGCGCAACCCGGAGCUCGGUGCUGCGGCUCAAAAGCAACUCAAGGAGGAAGGAGUGGAUGUGGAGUUCCACCAACUGGACAUCAGUGACAAGGACUCGGUCAAGUCGUUUGCAAAGUGGCUUGAGAAGGAGCACGGGGGUCUGGAUAUCCUGGUCAACAACGCGGGGUUCGCAUUCAAGGGCAACACGUUUGGGGCUAACGAGGCGCGGCAGACAAACGCCAUCAACUACUUUGGGACGCGCAAUGUCACGCAGGAACUUCUGCCGUUACUAAAGAAGAGCUCUGCGGGCGCUCGCGUCGUGACUGUCGGGUCUCGGGCUGGCACGCUGAGCAUCUUGUCACCGGAACUGCAGCGCAAGUUCUCAGAUCCUGAGCUCACAUUGGAGCAACUAGACCAGCUCAUGAACGAGUUUCCCAACCAGAUUGAAGCCGGUACUUACAAGCAGAACGGCUGGCCGGCGAGCAUGUACGGUGUGUCCAAGGUCGGAGUGGCCGCAUUCAACCGCAUCCUGGCGCGGGAUCUAGCAAAACGGGGGGAUGAUGGCAAGGUGCUCGUGAACGUGUGCUGUCCAGGGUAUGUGAACACCGACAUGUCAUCACACAGAGGAUACAAAACGAUAGAUGAGGGCGCAGACACGCCCGUGUGGCUGGCGCUCCAGCCACCGGAUGGGCCGUCGGGCCGUUUCUUCACGGACAGGAGGGACGUGGGCUACUAAAGCAGUGCACCGGGUAACAUUUGGGUCGAUCUAAAAGUAUUGGCAGCCUUGCAGUGUCCUUGUAACUGUAAAUAAGGUGGAGAUGCAAACCGUAGACUCCAUACGACAGAUUUCCUGGCCGUGUCUAGUACCUUGCAGUAGGGGGCCUUUCGCUAUUCGAUUUUCCAAAAUUCUGCAAUAUGUCACAUCUCGCACAUUAAUGUGGCGUCUGAUCCCAACGAUUGGAUCCCAACGACCAGUGCUUUCAGUACAGUGAGUCACAGAUC